AUAUGUUAAUAAUUUGUCUUAUGCAUGUUUGAGAGAAAGUAUUUCAUAGCAAUGAAAAAUAAAAAGUGUGCAAAGAGAUAUGUCUUGUAGUGUUACAAUCGGCUUCCAGAGUAUUUAAUUAAACAUCAUCUGAUUCAAAUGUUAAUUUAGAACAAUUAAUUUUAAAUGAACAUUCACUCUGGUAUAAUGAAGUAUAUUGUCAUCAAAGCGUUUCUGUAUUGGAAUUAUGUGGCACCUGUGUUAAAUGCAUGUACAGAUCGCACUCCACUUGGAAUGGCAAAUGGAUUGAUCACUUCCAGUCAAUUAUCAAACAGUUCAAUAUUUUCUACUGGAAGUGCGGAUUUUUUUUUACCGUCGCGUGGAAGACUUUAUUCUUCAGGAACAUGGUGUAGUCGUGAAAGAAGUUAUCAAUCAGAAUGGUUUCAGGUUUCUUUUUAUAAUCAAACAAUAAUCAAUGGAAUUGCUACUCAAGGUGAUCCAAAUCAUGCUCCAAAUUUUAUAGUGGAAUUCAGAUUAGAACACUCAAACAAUGGGAAGGAUUGGACGCGAUUUCAAAACGACAAGAAGUUCACAGGAAAUGUUGACAACACCAAUGUAGUAUACAACUGGUUUAUAACAUCAAUGUUAGCUACCCAUGUUCGUUUGUAUGCAACACGUGUACACAGAACCGAUGAUAAAGCUCACACAUGUUUGCGAAUGGAACUUUAUGGUUGCUUAGAGAAUGAAAUACUCUUACCACUUGGUAUGUCAAGCGGUAUCAUUAAGGAUUCCCAGUUGAUUGGACCCAAUGGACAGAAUGAAAAAUCAGCGAGAUUAUUUGUUGCUGGAGAGGGGAUGAUUCUAGAACGUAGUAAUAUGUAUUUGCAAAUUGAUUUAAUAAAAGCAAAAACAGUUACUGGCAUAUCUAUACAAGGCUCUUACAAAGAAUGGAAUAAACGGUUUGUGAAAAAAUAUGUAUUAAGUUAUUCAAACGACAGUGAAAACUUCAUACAGUUAGAACAGAUUUUUUUGGAGAAUGCCGAUUUGGGUGCUGUUUUUGUUUCUAUAUCGCAGCCCACAACAAUGAAAUAUAUUAGAAUAACAGCAAUAACUUGUGAAAACAAGUGUGGUAUGAAAGUUGAAGUUUAUGGUUAUGACCCAGUAUGUUUUGAAACAUUGACAGAUAUGAAUAUCUACAGCAGUAACGGUUCAUCUGUAACAAAUAUUGAUAUUGACAGUCCAUAUGCAUGGUGUGGAACAGAUUCUUCCGAUUAUGUUCACAUUGUAUUUAAUAAACAAGUAGUAAUUUCUGGAAUAAUUUUACAAGGAGAUUCGAAUGAAGAUAGCUGGGUGAAAGAAUACAAAGUACAAUAUGGUGUAUCCAUAUUCAAAUACAUUAGGAGUCUAAUUGGUACCACUGCACGGAUAUCUCCAUUAUCUGUUAACUGGCUAAAUCCCUACAUCGUUACAAAUUUUCUACACAUUACUCCAACAUCUUGUAACAAUGGCAGAUGCUGUUUAAGAUUUCGAUUAAAAGGAUGUCAGUUUGUUCUAGAAGAGCCACAUACAAUACAAGGAAGCAUAACUUCUUCAACAAUCACAUUUACAUGGAAAGCACCAAUUUCGCAUCCUCUUCCAGUGGACAAAUAUCAUAUUGCAAUUGCAGCAUCAAAGGACUAUCAACAUGAAAGUAAUUUCUUCUUUCCACCUAUCAGCACCACCACACCACAUUUAAGUUUUAAUGUUACAAACAUAACCUUUGCAGCAGCUCGUGUUCAAGUUAAUAUUACAGCGGAAAUUCAAGGAGUAAGAACAUCUGCUGAACCAUACAACUUUUAUGUUCAACCAAAAGAUCCAUCGCCACCUGGUUUAGUAAAAACUGUUUUUAGUAAUGACACAAACAAUGUUACGAUUGUCACACUGACCUCUUCUUCAGAUGAAAACGGACCAAUCAGCUAUUAUGAGGUUGUGAUAUCAACAACUCACAAGAUUAACCUACCAAACCAACUAGCAAAUAAAGCCGAAUCUGAAUUAAAGAAUCUAGAUUAUUUUCUUGCUGCUACCGUAAAAGCUGAUGAUUUGACAACAGACGGUAUUAAGUUUAUCUUUGUGGAAGGUAAAGAAGAUGUUUAUGGUUUAAAUGCAAGAAUAUCCACCACGGGAAAAUAUUAUUUGUAUUCUCGAGCUGUUAUAAAUGGAAAUGAUAUUACAAAGUAUGGUUUUAAUAACAUCAAUUAUUUUUCCAAUCUCUCUCAAGGAAUCCUGAUAGACAUGAAAGUGACUCCUAAACAUGUGGAGCCAACAGUAUCAUCAAGUAUUGGAUUAAUAGCAGGUGUUGCAGCUGCUGGUGUCGCUGUCAUCAUUGUAUUUGUCAUUGUAAUCAUUUUCAUGAGAAGACGACGUAAAACCUUGAAGAACUCUUGCAACAAGCGUGUUUCCUCAACUUCUAUAGAAAUGAAAGGUCACAAUGACUUGAAAUCACAUGAAACUGUUUAUAAAGACGACGAAGCAGGUCUACCAAACGAAUCUUACUAUAAUGUUGCAGCGAAGCCGGCAUUUCCACCUCUUUCUGUUCAAGAGUUUUUGUCAUUUUAUUUGGAACACAAAGAUAACGUCAGUUCGGAUAUCGUUAAGCAAUUUAAAAGUAUUCCAAUGGAACAUUUACAUGAACAUAAAGUUGGAUCAAUGCCUAAAAAUAAAGAAAAAAAUCGUUACUUGAACGUCACAGCGUACGACCAUACUCGCGUUGUCUUGCAGAAAAUUACUGGUAAAGAGACUAGUGAUUACAUUAAUGCAAACUAUAUUCAGAACUAUAAUGGACAAGUUGAAUAUAUUGCUGCUCAAGGACCAAAAAAGGGAACAAUUUUUGAUUUCUGGCGAAUGGUGCUUGGUGAAAAACCUGCAGCUAUCGUGAUGCUUACAAAAGCAGUGGAGGGUGAUAAAGCAAAAUGUGCGCAGUAUUGGCCAAUUGAUAAUGGAAAGGAAGUUUAUAAUGGUAUUGACGUGGAAGUGAUUGAGGUACAAGUGUAUGCAGACUAUGUAAUUCGUAAAAUGAGAGUUUGUUAUGAAGAUAAUAAACAUCAGUUUACACAUUUGCACUUUACUUCGUGGCCUGACCAUGGCUGUCCAGACUACCCCACGUUGCUGCUAAAUUUCUGCUAUCGAGUGAGACAGCUUAUCCCAUAUGAAAGUGGGAAGCAACUUCUCGUGCAUUGCAGUGCUGGCGUUGGUAGGACUGGAUCAUAUAUUACCAUUGACGCAAUGCUGCACUUGGUUAGAACAAAGCAGCUUGUUGAUAUAUACAACUACUUUGAAAGUAUUCGACAAGAUCGCGUGCAAAUGGUGCAAAGGGUUGAACAGUAUAAAUUUAUUUAUAGUGCCAUUUACGAAGUUUUAUGCUGUGGUUACACAGGAAUAACAUCAUCGGAAUUUCAAAACACUUACAAAAAUUUAGUAUCAUCAAAACACGUUAGAAAGAUCCCUUUGGAAGUCGAAUUUAAAAGACUGAACAGCGUUAAUAUACCUUUUGGUGAAGAAAAUUAUAAAGCUGCUUUGUUAGAGAAAAAUUCUGCGAAAAACCGAUAUCCAAAUAUACUGGCACGUGACGAAUUUCGUGUAUAUGUACCGCAAACUAAAAAUUCUACCGAUUAUAUCAACGCUGUUUUUGUAAAUGGAUACAAAAAGAAAGAAGGAAUAAUAGCUACACAAGCACCAUUAGUUGAAACAUUAAAUGAUUUUUGGGUUUUGGUAAUGGAGCACGAUGUGACAACAAUUGUGGUGUUGAAUAGCACUGAUGAGAAUUAUCAUAACUAUCCAUCAUUUUGUCCAGUUGAGGGAUCGGAAAAAUUUGGUAAUCUUACAGUGAAUGUUGAAUCAAGCACUCGAGUUGGUGACAUCAGCAUGCAAUCAUUCCUCAUAUCAAAUAAAACGAAUGAUCGCAAAGUUAAUAAAUUGCAAUUAAAUUGGCCAAACCAUGAUAUUCCAGAUUAUAGUUCGUUGCUCACUUUAAUUGAUGAAGUUUUAAAAUCGCAACAGGGCUAUGGUGAUGGUACUAUAUUGGUUACCUGCAGUGAUGGUGCAAAUCGUAGUGGAACUUUCAUAGCGUGUAUGAAUGCAUUGGAUCAACUGAAAGUUGAACAACAUAUUGAUGUGUUUCAAACUGUACGAAGAAUGAGAUUAGUCAGGCCUGAGUUUGUUGAAAACAUACGACAGUAUCAGUUUAUUUACACCGUUUUGAACAAAUACUUGGAUUCAUUUGCAACGUACUCCAACUUCAAUUAAUUCUUAAUAAUAUACACUUCACUUCACAGUGAAGAAAAUAACGUGACAAAAUGACAGGAUAAACCUUUAGUUGAACUCCAGGGACUAACUUUAAGGAUACUUAUUGUCUGCUUCGUUGAGAUGCCACUUAUAGAUCAUUUUGGAGCCUGAAACAUGCCACUGAUCCUGAAUUGUUCAAAUAACAGUUACAUGAUCAAUCGUUUGAUUUUUGCUGUUGCGUACGUUUGCUACCCACGCAAUAUUGUGUGUAAGAUUAUAUGCUUGUUAUUUUUUGAUAUUUUUUUAGAUACUUAAAUAUUUUUAAUAUGUGUUUAAUUUUAAAGAGUUAAGGCUAAUGCCCGGAAAAAUGUAAAGAUGUCUUUCAAAGAUUAGGACAAGAAAAGUACGCAGUUUUCCAUUCUACUAUUUGUUUUGUUAGGUAUGG